AUGCCGAAAAAGACCGGCGGCGGUGUUGGUGGCAAAGGGGCUUCCGCCCAAAGCCCUACCAACGCUACUCCCAGCCAAGACGAUGUCAAUAACUCCGAUACGGCAUCUGGACCAUCCCAACCGACAAAGACUACCCGUCGCAACGCCCGACAUCGACACACCUUAGCAGAGACCGUUGCUGAGACGUUCAUCCGAGUUCUCAUCGAUGAAGCUUUUGACAAACGGUCGGCUGGCAAACCCCCUUCCUAUCACGAAUGUACUCGGAACCAGCAACCGCCCCAGACGUCCCAACCCGAUGUUUGCUUGGGAAAGGACCGCUCAGCGGAGGACGGCUCAGCCCCGACGAAUGCCUUGAUCGACACGUUGACGGCCUUGGAAAAGAACGUGGCCAAGGCGCUCGAUCUCGCUCGUGGCAUUAGGGGCGCUCCGUCCGCUACAAAACCCGAUACGGAGCCCGACACAAAGUCUCCUACAACGCCCACUGCGGGAUCCGACACAUCGUCCGAGACGGUUCCCAAUACUGCGUCCAACACAGCGGGUGAGACGGCGACCGAGGCGGCAUCUAGCACAACGUCCAACGCAGCAUCCAACACAGUAUCCAACACGGCUUCCAACGCUGCGUCUAACGGCGAGUCGAAGACGGCGUCUACCACGGUACCCGACACAACAUCGAAGACAAAAUCGAACGCUACGACUAACACAACGUCUAAAACGGCGCACGAGACGAUGCCCAAGUCAGCGUCUGAGCCAGCAUCCAAACCAGUGUCUAAGUCAGGGUGCAAGACAACAACAUCGAAUGCAGCAUCCAACACGGUGCCACCCGAUACGAGUUCCGGCAAAACCGGUGUUCCUGAAUCUGAAUUGGCUGCUCGUGUGAUGGCCGCAAUGGAACGGCACAACAACGGUCUCGCCGGGGCACAUGAAAUACCGACCUUGAAUACUGGCAUCUGGGGAGGCAUGCUUCGGCUCCCACAGAUACGUCGACUAGACAAAUUUGUGAAUAUGGACAAGGUAGUAGAAGCCAUAAAGGAUGCUUACCCAGAGCUCCCACUGGGAAUGGCUGAGGAUAUCAUGGGCAUCGUUCUGGAUCACUUGGUGGGCCAAAACAUUGUGACGGAGGACAAAGGUGUUACUAAGGCGGCGGGGAACAACCCGGCUGAAAGAGCUUAG